ACACUAGACUAGAGAAGACUACACUCGCCGAGUUGGAUAGACGAUCGAGCACCAUGAGCCCGUCCAUCGUCACUGUCGGUCUCGCCGCCGCCGCCCUCGUCGCGAUUGUGCGGGUCGGGCCGGAGGAGCUGGCCAGCCGGUUCUCGGAGCUCCGGCCCGCGCACAUGUUCUUGGCCUGCUUCCUCCCGGCCGCGGCGGCCGUCGUGUACCUCAUGCUGCGUCCCCGCGCGGUGUACCUCGUCGACUACGCCGGCUUCCGCACCCCGCACACCUGCCGCAUCCCUUUCGCCAGCUUCCUCGAGCACGCAAAGCUGCUGCCGGAGCUCAACGAGCGAAGCAUCCGGUUCAUGACGCGGCUGCUGGAGCGCUCGGGGCUCGGGGAGGAGACCUGCCUGCCGCCGGCGCACCACUACAUCGGCACGCACAAGUACUGCACCGUCGACGCCGCCCGCGCCGAGUUCGAGCUCGUGGCCUUCUCGGCCAUCGACGACCUGCUCGCCAAGACCGGCAUCGCCCCGGAGGCCAUCGACAUACUCAUCGUCAACUGCAGCCUGUUCUGCCCCACGCCGUCCCUGGUGGACAUGAUCGUGAACAAGUACAAGCUGCGGAGCGACAUCCGCAGCAUGCACCUCUCCGGCAUGGGGUGCAGCGCGGGGCUCAUCGCCGUGGGGCUCGCGAGGAACCUGCUGCAGGUGGCCCCCCAUGGCGCGCACGCGCUGGUCGUCUCCACGGAGACCAUCACGCCCAACUACUACCUCGGGAUCGAGCGCGCAAUGCUCCUGCCCAACUGCCUCUUCCGCAUCGGCGGGGCGGCCGCGCUGCUGUCGACGUCCCCGGCGAAGGCCCGGUUCCGCCUCAAGCACCUCAUACGCACGCUCACCGGCGCCCAGGACGGCGCGUACCGGUGCGUGUUCCAGGAGGAGGACGGCGAAGGCCACCGCGGGAUCAACCUCAGCAAGGACCUGAUGAACAUCGCCGGCGACGCGCUCAAGGCGAACAUCACCGCGAUGGGGCCGCUGGUCCUGCCGGCCAGCGAGCAGCUCAAGUUCGCCUACUCCUUCGUCGCGCGGAAGGCGAUCAACAGGCGGGUGAAGCCGUACAUCCCCGACUUCCGCACGGCGUUCGAGCACUUCUGCAUCCACGCCGGCGGCCGCGCCAUCAUCGACGAGCUGCAGAAGAACCUCGGGCUCUCCGACGAGCAGGUGGAGGCGUCGCGGAUGACGCUGCACAAGUUCGGGAACACGUCGAGCAGCUCGCUGUGGUACGAGCUCGGGUACAUCGAGGCCAAGGGCCGCAUGCGCAAGGGCGACCGCGUGUGGAUGAUCGGCUUCGGGUCUGGUUUCAAGUGCAACGGCGCGGCGUGGGAGUGCAUCCAGCCCGCGCGCAACGCUGAUGGGCCGUGGGCGACGUCCAUCCACAGAUACCCGGUGGACAUUCCCGACGUUCUCACCCAUUAGCCCACCACCGCUGGCCAUCGAGACGAUUACACUGCGUCAUGCUCGUGUUUCAUUAAAUAAUUUUCCGUUUACCCCAUUAACUGUUUGUUAUCGCCCAAAGGAUUACUGUUCAUCAUGCAUGUUCACGUUGUGCCAAAUAAUAUACCGUAUGAUAUUGUUCUUUGAUUUA